GACGGUCCGAGGAAUCCCCCGGUCAAUCCAGAGCUAGUAUGCUUUCCUCUGCUUGGCUGCGGCUGGCGCUUGUCUUCGCCUCUAUCUCCACCAUCUCUGCCAAGGACGUUCUCCUUACCAAUGACGAUGGUUGGGCUGAUGCACAAAUCCGUGCACAGUACGAUGAGCUGACCCGGGCUGUCUUCAACGUGGUGCUCUCGAGUCCUUCCGAGAACCAGUCUGGAACAGGGUCCACUACUGCAACGCCCACCGUGCUCACAGAGCCUUGUGAAUACGACACUUGUCCCGUCGGGUCCCCACCAGAGGGAUCUGAUCCCGACAACCCGCGGAUAAAUUACGUUAAUGCGUACCCCGUCGACGCCGCCUACUACGGGAUUGAGACGCUGUCACCCAAGUUCUUCGGCAAGAAACCCGACUUUGUCGUGAGCGGCCCCAACAUCGGCAACAACCUCGGCACCGUCGUCCUCGAAUCGGGCACUGUCGGUGCAGCCUGCGAAGCCGCGAAGCUCGGCGUACCGUCCACCGCGUUCUCCGGCGAUACCGGUGCCCAAGUCUCGUAUACGACACUCAAGAGCGACCCGACCGCGUCGUCUUCCGAGUCCUCGUGGAUAUAUGCCGCGCUCACGGUGCAUUACACGCAGACGAUCCUCGAACAGGACAGCCCGGGCGUGCCGCUCCUCCCCGAAGGCAUAACCAUAAACGUCAACUACCCUGGGAUCGACGCCUGCCCAAAGCCGUCGGACUACAAGUGGGUGUUCUCGCGGAACCUCGCCAACACCGGGCAGGAGGAUCUUUGGACGUGUGGGAGCACGGUGCUCCCUGACGAAAACGACGUCGUUGCAACGGAUGGAUGCUACACCAGUGUUUCGGUGCUGAACGCGACCACCAAGGCGGACGUGGAUGCAGACUUGCAGGCUGCGGUGUAUCUCCGGCUGAUUGGGCUGCCGUUCACUUGCCUCCCGAGCUCAUGAGAACUGCGCUUAUAGCGGAUAUAGUCUGUUCAUGUGCAGAUGGGCAAAGAUGAUGCUUGUGUUGUGUUG